AUGUCAAACCAAGGCCCCCUAACAUCCUACCUGCUAUCAAGCACCCCCAAUGCCCUCAAACGCGCAACAAACCACCCCUUCCUCGCCUCCGCAGGCCGCGGCACUCUCCCAAAAUCCCAACUAAGCCAAUGGCUCUCCCAAGACAGGCUCUACGCCCAAUCGUACAUUCGCUUCAUAGGCCUCCUCCUCUCGAAAAUCCGUCUCCCGACUCAAAACCCAACUUCCCCGGGCCCACACACCCCAACCCCAGAACACAACGCCAUAACAGUCCUCAUCGACGCCCUAGUCAAUAUCCGCACUGAACUCGCCUUCUUCGAGAAAACCGCAAAUGACUACGACCUAGACCUUACAGCUAUCUCCGCUGAAGAAGGUGGCUGCACGCUUACUUCCUGCGGACUGGGCUCGGAUAUUACUACCUCGGCUGGUAUCUCUACCAGUGGCUCGGGGAGUUGUCCUGGUAUUACGGGUGGUGAGGGCGAAGGACCACGACUGGGAGACGGGAACGGGGGUGGUGAUAGUGCCGGUGGGGCUUGUGUUGCGUCGACGGAUGAGUCGAGUAUCGCACCUGGUCAUGGACUGUGUCUUAGUCAGGGGGAAUGUCAGAUGCCUUCUGGUGGGGUGAUCUGUACGCCUGGGGCUCAGUUCAAUGAGUCUGGACGGGAGAAGGAACCUGCUGCUGUCGGUGGGGAUGUUGGAGGGCAAGUUGGGGUUCAGGGUGGUGGGGAGAGGUGUGGGAAUCUUUUCUUCUGUGCUAGUCGCACGACGAGGGCUUAUAUUGAUAUGUUCAUGUCUGCUGGGAGUAGUGGAGUUUCUGUUUUGGAGGGAUUGGCUGUGCUGUGGGCUACUGAGGUUUGUUAUCUUCGGUCUUGGAGGUUUGCGGCGGAGUGUAUGAGUAAGGAUGGGGAGAAAGAUUAUAGGAAGGAUGCGGAUGGAGGUGCGUUGAGGGAGAAGUUUAUUGAGAAUUGGGCUAGUGUUGAGUUUGAAGGGUUUGUUGAUCGGAUUGGGGAUGUUGUUGAUGAGAUGGCGGGACAGAUUAAAGGGGCGGAGGAGUUGAAGAUUAUGCAGGCAAGGUGUUUGGAGUGGUGGAGGCAGAUCGUUUGGUUGGAGGAGAAUUUUUGGCCGAAUGUCAAAUGA